AUGACACAUGGAACAUUAACAAUCGUUGUACUUGGUGCAUCUGGUGAUCUUGCCAAGAAGAAGACUUAUCCAGCAAUAUUUGGAUUGUACUGCAGGAAUCUAUUGCCAAAGGAGACAAUCAUCUAUGGUUAUGCUCGUUCUCAUAUCCCACUCGAUGAGUUUAGAAAGAAGAUCACUUCAAACUUGAAGGGAGAUGCCAAGAUGAAGGAGGAGUUUGGUUUGCUGCUCUACUAUCACAGUGGUGCAUACGAUCAACAGGAAGCAUAUGACAAGUUCAAUGUCAUGUUGGAUGAGUCAGAGGCAAAGUUCACAAACAAGAACCACAACAGACUCUUCUACAUGGCCAUCCCUCCAUCAAUCUUUGUCGAGGUUGCCAAGGGUAUCAAGUCAUCCUUGAUCUCCAAGUCUGGCUGGAGCAGAGUUAUCGUUGAGAAGCCUUUUGGAAGAGACUUGACUACUUCAAGACACUUGAUCGCGGAGCUCAAGCUGUUGUACCAGGAGAAGGAUCUCUAUCGUAUUGAUCAUUAUCUCGGAAAGGAGAUGGUGCAGAACUUGAUGAUAUUGCGUUUCGCCAACGCCGUCUUUGAGCCACUGUGGUCAAAGUCGCACAUUCAAUCGAUCUCCAUCACGUUCAAGGAGGACAUUGGCACUGAGGGCCGUGGUGGCUACUUUGACAGCUUUGGAAUCAUCAGAGACGUCAUGCAGAACCAUUUGAUGCAGGUGUUCUCCUUGGUAGCCAUGGAGCCACCCGUGUCCUUGACCGCUGAGGACAUCACCAACGAGAAGGUUAAGCUUCUGCGCUGUGUCCAGAGACCACUGUUGGAGAACCUCGUGCUCGGACAAUUCACCAAGAGUGCCGAUGGCAAGCAUCCAGGCUACCUUGAUGACGAGGGAGUUCCAAAGGACUCGCUCACCCCAACGUUCGCCUCACAGGUGUUCUACGUCAACAACCCAAGAUGGAGAGGAAUUCCAUUCAUCUUGAAGUGUGGCAAGGCUUUGGACCAGAGAAAGACCGAGGUCAGAAUCCAGUUCAAGCGUCCAGACAACUUCCUCUUCAGUGACCAAGACUGUUCCAGGAACGAGUUGGUCAUGAGAAUCCAGCCCGGUGAGGCUGUCUACCUGAAGUUGUUGACCAAGAAGCCAGGUUUGAACAAUGAAAUCCAACAAGCAGAGUUGGACCUGUCUUACAGCCAGAGAUACGAGGAUCUUGACUUGCCAGAUGCUUAUGAGCGUUUGAUUUUGGACUGUAUCAAGGGUGAUCACAACCUGUUCGUUAGAGAUGAUGAGCUUGAUGUCGCUUGGCAAAUCUUCACUCCUCUGCUCGAGGCAAUUGAGCAAAAUAAGAUGGUACCAGAGAAAUACGCCUUUGGCUCAAGAGGACCAACGUCUGCUGAUGAGUUGUCCAGAAAGGUCGGCUAUUCCAGAUCAUCUGGAUACGUGUGGAGACAAUCAAAGAUCUAA